CUUUAGUUCGUCUGUGUUUGUGGUGUCGAUCGCUCCUCUGUUUCUUUUGCUGCUUCUGUUGUCUUCUGUUCUGGGUUUCAUCCCUGAGUUCACGGAGUUAUUCCGGCCCAGAGCAGUGCCGUGCACAGACAUUAGGCUUGUUGGAGAUGAGCCAGGCCUGCGCAGACUCGAUCACCAGCGAUCACUGCUCAAUGCAUGUUGGGUAGUUUGUGUCCGACCUCAUCCCAACUUGCUCUGACGUCAUACGCUGCUGGAAACUGUCUGACUUCACGCAGCUUGUUGUCACCGCCUCCUGCUGCAGCGGCCUGAGCUCGUCCACUUUCCAGCCUUCAAAAUGUCAAAGUACAGGAAGAACAUCACACACUUCACAGAUGUGCACGGUUUGCCCUCCAUUGAGAAGAUUGUGAGGUCAGUGGAGGAGACCCCCGAGCCCAUCAGCACUGUCAUCACUGGAAACAUCCCAGAAUGGAUCAAUGGAAGCUUCCUCAGAAAUGGGCCUGGGAAGUUUGAGAUCGGAAACCAAAAGUUCAACCACUGGUUCGAUGGCAUGGCUCUGCUGCACCAGUUCAAACUAUCCAACGGACAGGUGACGUACAAAAGCCGCUUCCUGUCCAGUGACAGUUACAAAGCCAACAAGGAGCAUAACCGCAUCGCAGUGUCGGAGUUUGGCACCAUCACCAUGCCGGACCCCUGUAAGAACUUCUUCCAGCGCUUCCUGUCAAGAUUCGAACUCCCAGACGCCACAGAUAACGCCAACGUGAGCUUUGUGACCUACAAAGGCGAUUACUACGUCAGCACGGAAACCAAUAACAUGCACAAGGUGGACCCUGAGACACUGGAGACGACUGAAAAGGUGGACUGGAGCAAAUUCAUCGCUGUGAACGGAGCGACCGCACACCCUCACACCGAGCCCGAUGGAACAACUUACAACAUGGGGAAUUCAUACACCCGUAAAGGAGCGAGCUACAACAUCAUCCGAGUGCCGUCGACCAAAAAAACAGCUGGGGAGACCCUGGAGGGAGCCACAGUGCUGUGCACUAUUCCCUCAGUGGACAAGAGUAAACCAUCCUACUACCACAGCUUUGCGAUGUCUGAGAACUAUGUGGUGUUCAUCGAGCAGCCCAUCAAGAUGGACCUGCUGAAGAUAGUGACCAGUAAGCUGACGGGGAAAAGCAUCAGUCACAGCUUUUCCUGGGACCCCAAACUCAACACCAUCUUCCACCUGAUUCACAAACAGACAGGAGAGUUAAGCUCCUUCAAGUAUAUCGCCAAGCCGCUGUCGACAUUCCACCAGAUCAACGCAUACGAGGAGGACGGCUUCCUGAUCUUAGAUAUGUGUGCUUCAGACGACGGCCAGGCAAUCGCCAACUACAACAUCCAAAACCUGCGAAAGUCUGGAGAAGAUCUCGAUGAGGUGUAUAACACCUUGUGUAGAGUCUUCCCACGGCGUUUCGUUCUGCCUCUCAACGUGGACGUGGACACACCCUACAACCAGAACCUGAACCGGCCCAGCAGCACAGCCACUGCUGUGCGAAUUGACAAGACCAAGGUCUUCUGUACCCACGAGGACCUCCACGGAGAGGAUCUUCAUCAAUAUGGAGGCUUGGAGUUCCCUCAGAUCAACUAUGCCAAAUACAACACCCACCCCUACCGCUACUUCUACGGCUGCGGCUUCAGACAUCUCGUAGGAGACACACUGAUCAAGAUGGACCUCCAGGAGAAACACAUGAAGGUGUGGGAACAACCUGGUCUUUAUCCCUCUGAACCAGUCUUCGUACCCUCCCCUAACGCCACAGAGGAGGAUGAUGGUGUCAUCAUGUCUGUGGUCAUCACACCCAAUAAGGACCGGAGCACGUUCCUCCUGGUUUUAGAUGCCAAAACGUUUGAGGAGCUGGGCAGGGCUGCAGUGCCAGUCAACAUACCCUACGGCUUCCACGGGACAUUCAACGCCACGACAUAGACUUGUGAACAUGAACACACCUCUGACCUCACAUGCAGAGAUAGAAGUCAUGGCAGAAGUUAUAAACUAUGUAAAUAUUGUUUUAAAUGUUGUUUGUUGUCAUCAUACAGGUGGAUUUAGAGGUCACUGCCCAGAUGUGAAUGUACAGUUAUUUUGAACAUCUUAGGAACAUUUAAAAAAAUUCAGAUUUACAGCUUUUAAGAUGUGCUUUAUUAGAUAUCUUUUAAAAAGAUGUAUUGUAAGUUCGUUUUUUCUUUUUAUACUUUAAACCAUUGUUUUAAACGUUUUAAUACAAAUACAUGUGAAGAUAAGGGCUGAACUGGGGGGAAAUAACGAACACUGCUACUGUGGGUAUUCUGUUCGACCUCAAAUCAACAGAUUAAUUUUUGAUGGAAUUUUCUGCUGUAUGACUUAAUAAAAUGUUCAUCUGUAAAACAAUGCUUAAACACUAUGAAUAAAUAAAAACGACUUAAA